CACAGAUCACACUGAAGCACACACUCACCAGGCAUCUGUAGACAUGAUGGCAAAAGAGAAAAAGACGUCCGCGAAGGGUAGAUACUGGCUCAUCGGAAUAACUUCCUUUAUGCUGUUGGCUGCUUUUGCCGGGGUUGGAUUUCUCGCUUAUCGAACAAUGCAAGCACGAAACGCUGCUUCAGAUGCAGAUGGAUCAGCAAACACGAAUUUAUUGGUUACCACAUCUGGCAAAAUUGAAACCAAUCCAACAAUUGACGUGCGACGCACAGCACCGACUGUCGUUUCCCCGGAACAUAGCUCUAAUUUGAAUUCGCAUAGCACAGAAGUUGAGACAACUAAGUCUGCAAGCACAGUCGAUAUAUUAACUACAGCUGGUACCGGCGUCAUACUCAAAUCACCUAAGUAUGUACCAACUACUGGUUUCCCGGUUUUGACUACCACCCCUGGCACAUCAAAACAAACAACAUCGAUCAUAACAACUGUUCCAUCUACAACACGAAACAUACACAUAUCUACAAUGGCUCCACCGCCGUAUCUCCAAGCGGAAACUUCCUGGCUCACCUGGGGCGAAUGGGGCCCAUGCGGUGUGACAUGCGGCGGUGGUAACCAGUUAAGAUUUCGAGAUUGUUUUACUACAGACUAUGAUAUUACAUGCACAGGUAGUUCUGUCCAAUCACGCACAUGUGCAUCAUGGGAUUGCCCAGAUUGCUCAAUAUCAUGUGAAUAUGGUGAAAUGGACCCAAAUUGCUUAUAUUGCGUUUGUGAAAAUGAUGUACUGGAUGGUUACGUAGUUGAUGCUGCUUCAGGCCGCUAUAUAAUGUAUCCAUAUCUCGAGAGGAAUCACCAUUGGUGCCAAUCGCAAGGACGCUCGGUGAUGGUAGUUUCAACGUUCAGGGUCUUUGCAUUCGUGGUUCAGGGCUGAUAAUUCAGAAGUCAAAAUUCGCAACGAAAACAUACAAACUUCCAGCCGUGUCGAACAAUAUUGCCAACUAUUCAAACAUUAGAAUUGUAUUAGAAAAAAUCGUUCCGCCAGUUAUCACAGUCAAUCCCGAGAGCAAGAUACGAUCUGUCGGACAAAGUGUUAUGUUUUGCUGCAAUGGUUAUGGUAAUCCUAAUCCAAGUUACUACGAAUGGUUUAAAGAUAAUAAUAUUCUCGAAGAUUGGUCAUACAGCACUAACACUUCCUUGAUAUUGGAAAAUUUAAACAUAUCAGAUGCUGGUACAUAUACAUGUAGAGUGAACAGUGAUGCUGGAGCAGCAUUCUCCAUCCCGGCUGUACUUCAAAUACAUGAUACGGCAGACACAUGUAGCAGAAGCCUAAGACCCAAUUAUAUUCAGCUUCCAGAUGGAUGCACAGGACCUAAUGGAACCAACCAAUAUGAUACAGGAAUGUGCAGUCGAUCCAAAUGCUCUGGCGAUCCAGGAAACGGCGCAGACAGAUGCACAGAUACAGAAAAGUAUUGUUGCGUUGAAUCUAACACAGAACAAAGACAACUCACAUGCAGAGAUUUUACAAUUUCUAUAAUUGUUGUCACUGGAUGCAAAUGUGAUUUAUGUAGCAAUCCAACAAAGGUUGUGUCAGGUCGAGCAUUGUCCGCCGAUACGAAAGAACCAUUAGCUUAUGGUGACGUUUUCAUAGGUUAUGAGUUUGUACGGAAAACAACCUUUAAUGGCGAGUUUAUUUUUAACGUUCCUGAGGGUAGGCAGCGUCUGUCGGUUACAUUUCAUGAUGGAAGCAAGGAGCUUGCUGAUGCAACAAAAGUGAUUACCAUAACGGACACUAUUAAAUACUAUAUAGUUGUAUUUCUUCAACGUCGAGCACCAACUGUGACAUUCAAUGCAUCGGAAACUACCAUACUUGAUGUGGGAAAUGCUACACAGCCUUCUAUAGAACUAGAGAUUCCGCCAAUGUCAAUUCGUACUGGAAAUGGUACUUUAUACACAGGCAAUGUUACAGCCAGUGUCAAUUUUAUCGACCCGAGGGAUUCACAGAUUGUUGACACAAUCCAAAGCGAUCUGAGUACACGUGACGUUGAAGGGAAUGUUCAAAAUUUGAAUACAUUUGGUAUGGUAUCGAUGAAUUUCGAAGAUGACAGUGGCGACCCCCUUGAUGUCGAUGGCAGCAUCAAAAUAUACGUUGACGCAGAAAAAGCAAAUUUGAACAUAACAGAAAUAGAUGAAAAUAUGUUACCGAGGCUGUGGCUCCUGAAUGCAGAGAGUGGUGAAUGGGAAGAUAUAGGUGGGCUACGUUUAGAGAGUAGUAAACGACGGAAACGUGACAUUGAAGAAGUGUUCAUCGUGGGAGAUAUUGAAGUCACAGGUAUAAGCAUAAACAGCAUUUGGUGCAACAUUGACAGCAUAGAAAGGUUGGAUCAAGUGUGUUUUCUUAAGGUGAGGGUGUACGAUGAUGAACAGCUCACAGUUCCCAUGGACAAUGUUGAAGUAACUGCAAUAACCAAUGAUCUAGAUAUAAGGGUUGCAAGAACAAACAGAGGACUUAGAUAUUCCGGGGGAAAGUUCAAUUUUUUUGACAAAAAAGUAACGCAAGUUGGUCAAACAUGUCUACGAGUAUUCUGUGAUUCAACUGGCUUGAAGUUUUACCUGAAUGUACGUGCUAAAUACGAUGACAAAGUCUGCACUCCAGUGAGCCCACUCAGUGCUUCAGUUGUUGCCCAUCCAAACACGUGGCCAAGUGAAAUAGUAGACUCGUACACUUCUCCAGAUAUUUGGGACGACACAGGAUUUAUUACAAUGUCUGGAAGAAAGAAUCCAAAUGCUGAUGGUCCAAUAUACUCAUCUGAUGUACAAACGUGGUCCGGUAUGCGCAAUGCGGAAUACCGAUGCAAUGCUGCUGACUACAUUGAUAAUCAUUUAAUAUUUAGGAAAAAUCAAGAGCAAAAUAUAAAUGAUCUCUUUUCGUUCAACACUCAACCAUAUACUUUCAGUGAAGCCAGUUAUUCGCAGUCCAGGGUUCCAUGCUCUUGGUAUCCAAUUGAAGGUCAGUUAAAGAGAGUAUGUUUCAUUAAGAUUUUGGUUGAUGGACCCAACUCCAGUAGAUUCAGAGUCAUUAGUGCGAAAGACCCAGGGAACGUCAACGUUGAUUGCGACGAAUACGGAUUUCGAGUGGCAUCAACACCAGAAAACCAGAUAAAUGCAUUCGGUACUAAAUCUGCUGUUUGCAUUGAAUUCAAAUGUAGUGGUGAUGUUCGAGUCAGUAAUAAUGCCGAGGCAUUGGGGGCGUCAAUUGAUGGAAUCAUUGGACAAGAUUUGACGACAGUUAAAGUUAUACCUGAUGCAACCUCAAGCACCUGUUUCCUGCAAAACUGCGGGCGUUAAUACAGAGUUUCGAAACUUAGUCCAUGGAACAUAUAAUGGGACAUCUGUAAUCCAUUUUAGCGUUCCACGUUCAUAUUUCAGGGCAUCUCAAGGCAUUUAUGAAGCAAGUGGUGAGAAAAAGACAGGCUAUGAUGAAGCUUGGCCAAAUGUAAUGAAGGGAAUGACAUUAUUUGGGGAUCUGGUGACAACCCAGAGAAGAAUUGGGCUUUAAAUUAUGAAUGUCCCUAGAAUGCUUAUAAUAAUAAAGCUCAUGUAUAUUCAAUUCAACUUACUUAAAUCUUUUUCAGUAUAUUCCAGAUAUCAGAUGAAUUAUUGACAACGUAUACGUACAUUCAUACAUGGCAUUAUUAUGCUAAUAAUGCAAUUACGUUAUAUAACAUGUACAAUUAUAUAUCAAUAGUAAUGUAUCUAAUAAGACUGAAAUAUAGUUGAAUUAAGCCUA